CUUGAAUCUUCCUGUCUCCUUUCACUCUGCUUUGUGCCCACCCCCCCACCUUUCAUGCUCAGAUACCGCGCCCUUCGGCUCCCUGCUGCCCCCUUUGCAUCGUCGUCGCUAUUGUCAGCCCAACCUGCCUCGCCAUUACCAGUCCCAGGGCCCAAUCGACUCCUCACUCGCAGCUCACAUUCUCACCUCCUUGCCCAUCGCGCCACUCAUCAUCGCCUCUUGGCCCACUCGUCGUCGCCUCUGAGCAAAAUGACACGUCCAUCAUCGGCUUCCACUUCUUCUUGGGCGAAACAGUCUCCUUCCUCCUCAGAGCAGCCCAUCUUGCGGCUGAAACCCACGCGUCUGGCUCUUAUUCAGCUUGGGCAGACCUCGCAUGACAAGGCCUUUAAUAUUGAACAUGCGCGUGAGGCAGUUCACAAGGCGGCCAAGGAAGAUGGAGGCGCAGACAUGGUCGUGCUGCCCGAAUGCUGGAAUUCCCCGUACGGCGUGUCUUUUUUCAAUGACUACGCGGAGGACUUUGGCGGACUUUGGGAGAGAAUCAAGCGGCCCAUUGAUCGUAGAAGCGGAUCGCGUUCGCGCUGGAAUGAUGACGAGGACGAGGACGGGGCGGUCAAGAAGGAUGCAGCAGAGGUACAGGAUGGACUUCUGCUGAAGCGAUGGUGUGUGGAUGGCCUGGGUGGAGCAGCCGUCGAGGUACAUCCCGACAGCUGCCCCUCGGAGACACUUCUCUUUAUGAGCGGGCUGGCCAGAGAAUUAGGUAUCGUACUCGUUGGAGGAUCCAUUCCGGAGAGGAACGCCAAAGACGGCAGGCUGUAUAACACAGCCACCGUUUUUGAUCAGAAGGGCCGCUUGAUCUCGAUCCAUCGCAAGCUCCACCUGUUCGACAUUGACAUUCCUGGAAAGAUGACCUUCCAGGAGUCGCUCACACUGACCGGUGGCGACAGAGUGACUGUCUUUGAAUGCUCGCUCGGUCGCUUUGGACUGGCCAUCUGCUACGACAUGCGCUUCCCGGAGCUAGCGACUAUUGCAGCUCGCCUCGGUGCAGGAGCAAUGAUCUACCCGGGCGCCUUCAACACAACGACUGGGCCCCGUCACUGGGAGCUUCUGCAGAGGUGUCGGGCGAUGGACAAUCAGCUCUACGUCGCUGCCUGCUCACCGGCUCGAGCGACAGAGGAGGAGAUCAAGAAAGGCGCAUACCCUGCUUGGGGUCACUCGACCAUCACUGACCCAUGGGCCUAUGUUAAGGCUACCAUGGAAGAGCAAGAGGGGAUUGCGCGAUGGAAGCUGGAACCGUCGGAAGUGGAAGAAGUCAGGAAGGGAAUUCCGAUCAAUCGGCAGAGACGUUUCGAUGUAUACAGCGAUGUUGCUCUGUCGUGACAGGAGGCGCAUGGGGGGGGGGGGG